GCCUUGCUGGUGAGAUGGAGAAGCUGCCUUAUGAAUGGACCAUGGCGGCUAACUGCUCACCUCCCGUCCGUCUCCUUCGCUGAUCAUGUUCUCUAUAUAAAUCCGUUGUCGGCAUCUCAGGUUACCGCACCAUUCGACGAAGGACCUCCAACAUCUAAUGAACUGACUUUAAUAUCAUUGAAUCGACCUCCUUGGUUGCUGCGGAAAAGUUGAGGCUUCACGUCUGGUUUAGUACCUGUUUCCGAGUUCCUUGUUACGUCUUGAUUUCACUGAACUGCUGUCUCCCUCCUCGCCCUUGCGACCGUUGUCAUCAUGUCCUAUCCUGCUCCCGGUUCAGGACAGCCGCAAGGAGGCUAUUAUCCUCCGCCACCAUCCAAUGGCCAGCCAUCAUUUCCUCCUCCGCCUAGCCAACAGUCCCCGCCUCCCAGUUUCUUCCCUCCGCCUCCAUCAGGCCCGUCGCUGCCUGCGCAGAAUGCCUCAUAUCCUCCCCCUCCCAUAUCCCAUCUAGCAGCGCAGACUCCUUCUCCUCCUCCCAUCCAGCAGCCUACCGCUCAACGACCAUUCAACUAUUCCACCGUCCCUGCCUCGGCGCCCGCCCACAAAACCACCUUCGACCAUGGUACAAUUCACAACCGGCAGCCUUCGUACAAUGGCCCGGCGGCCUCGUUCGACGAAGCCGAAGAGAAAGUCACAUCCCCUCGCCUACAAAAACUUACCAAGGAGAUGGCGAACGUGAUGAAACUGCCUGAGGGGCCCUCGCUGGUUGGGGUGCCGCAAGGAGGCCAAUUCGUUGGUGUCCAAGCUACGACGCAGGACGACGUAGGCACAUUCAAUGGUGGCUCGUACCGCAUCUCACAUCGCGACACGAAUUCCAUAUUGACAAUACAGUUGGCCAUGGGGUGCCCCAUCACCGCGAAACCCGGUGUCAUGAUCGCAAUGAGCCCUUCAGUCAUGUUGAAAGGAAACGUCAAGUUCAGCGUCAAGAAAUUAUUGAUUGGCGGAGAAAUGGCGCACUCGACAUUCACCGGCCCCGGAGAGGUGCUGCUCGCGCCGAGUACACUAGGGGAUAUUUCGAUCCUACGGCUCGCGGGGAAUGAGACGUGGAGCGUCGGGCGCGACGCGUUCCUGGCCUGCACGCAGGGAGUGGUGAAAGAGUAUAAGAGCCAGUCAAUCAGCAAAGCCAUGUUCUCCGGCGAGGGUCUCUUUGUCUACAAGAUCUCCGGCAUUGGCAUCCUGUGGAUGUCCACGUUCGGAGCGGUGUUGAGGAAAGAUCUCGUCGACGGCGAAAAAUACAUCAUCGACAACGGCCACCUCGUCGCCUGGAACUGCAAGUACGUCCUCGAACGCGUCGCCUCCGGAGGCAUCAUAUCCGGAAUCAGCUCGGGCGAAGGUUUGAUAUGUAAGUUCACGGGUCCUGGGACGGUCUUCAUGCAGACACGCAACGCAGCUGCCUUUUCGGCAUUCAUCAGUGGAAACUCACAUCGGGAGGUAUGAACAAGGAACAAUGACAUUUCUAAUAAUAGUUAGCGGUCCUACUUUGUCUUCAUGAGCGUUACGCCUGUAAUCUCGGUGUGCUCCAUAUCAAGUUCGUUUUCCAUUUUCGGGCC